AUGAAGGAAAGGGAACAGGAAGAUGUAAAUGCAGGAGAGGACGCUGGUCCAAGCUACAAAGGUACCUCCACUAUUGUCUGGAAAGCACUGUGGAAACAGAAUGUGAAGCAAAAACUGAAGGUAUUCAUCUGGAAAUGUCUCCAUGAUGCUCUCCCAGUCAGAGACCUAAUAUUCAGUAGAACAAACAAAGGAAAUCCCAUGUGUGGAGGCUGUGGAGAAAGUGUGGAAACCUUAGAACAUAUGUUGCUACAAUGUACGAAAGCUAAGGAAAUAUGGGAGAUGGCUCCAGAUCAGUGGGAUGGUUUAGUGCACCUAACAGAUAACUUCCAAAAGUGGUGGUCUGCUGUGAUAAAAGCUCAAAUGAUCAGAGGGAAUGAUGAGCAUAUCAACCUCACAGUCAACAUUCUCUGGCAAAUAUGGAAAGGCAGAAACGAUAGGGAGUUCAAUCAGAAGGAUAAGGAACCUCACGGGAUAAUUGAAAAGGCUUCUAUGGAGUGGAUGGAAUUUGAAGAGGCUAACAGAGGGAGGAAUGAGAGAAGGAUCAUGUAG